AUGACCAACCAUCAUCCUUACACGGGGUCAGGUCAACCCUACUAUCCUCAUCAGUACUCGUAUCCAACCCAUUCUGCGUCGCACUCACCAAUCCCUGGAAAUGCGCCUUUUCAGUAUCAGAACCCCUACGUACUGCCUCCAAGUCCUGCCGGAAUCCCCCCACAUCCCCACAUGCACAUGAACGGCCAUCACCAUCACCAGCCAGCUCGAGUCAAUGGUCACGGGCGCGGUGCUUACACGUACGCCCAUAACUCGUACAACUCAAGACCCGUAGCCGGACCAAGCUAUCCAUAUCCCUCUCACGCGCCGUCCCCGAAGUAUCCACCGUAUCCACCAUAUCCCACAGCGUACCCUCCCCCACAUAUCCCAUACCCCCCACAGCAUUGGACGGCCCCGCAGACGCCCCACUCGCAGAUUAGCUCUCCUCAACCAACACAAUCAUCCGUGUCUAAGGAUGAUCCCCCGCCGUCCAUAAAAUCUUCUCCCGACGCUGCUGCUGCCCCAGUUUUGGAGCACGAGCCUAUAGAAGUCCCGGAAGUUUUAGAGUCCAAUGAAACUCAGCCCCCUCCAUCUCCUCCUCCAGAACCCGUCGAAGAAACGGAAAGUAUCGAAUCUUCGCCCACUGAAUCCUCCAUCCCUGCGACUUCAAGCGAUAUCGCACGCGGUGCCUAUGCUAUAUGGUCACGGCGGCCUCGACAUCCUUCGCAAGCACCUGGUAUUAUUAUCUCAUCUCACGCGCGGCCGCCGCCUGGUGUCGUAAAAUACGCGUUAGAGUUACCUACUCCCCCUGCAUCACCACCAGUCGCCUCAUGCCCGCUUCCUGACACGAAUGAAGCGGUUGAUGAACCGGCAAAUGUUCCCGAAGAGCAUGCUGAAGACGUAAAGUCAAGAACGGUCGAGGUAGAGAAUUUGCCAUCGAAAGAGACCAUUCCUUCCCUCCCAUCUUCGUCGACUGCCACCGACGCUACUAAUACACCUUCUACUACAACACCUGGUUCACCGGUCUCUACAACAAAUACUUCUGUUUCACUCAACGCAACUCCGGUGAAGCUUGACGACUCCGUCGCCUCCGUUGCCGACGUACCCGUCUCUCCGGAGAACCACACGCCAACCCUUGAGCCGGAGCGAGCGCCAACGCCCGAGGUAUCGACUUCUAAGCCUACCGACGACGCUACUCCGCCGCCAGCUAAGCCACCUGCUGCGCCAAAGAAAUCGUGGGCCUCCUUGCUACAGCAACCCAACUCGUCCUCCUCCGGGAAACAGAGGAAUGCACUGCCUACGUCUAGCGUUGUUGGUGUAUCCAUCCCGGCUGAUGCACCUACUCAAGCCCCUUUGUCUACGGGCAGUAUCAACCAAACGAAGAAGACUGAGUUACUGAAACUGUUGCUACCUCACGCGAGCUCGAACGCGCCUGUUACGCCUACCCAUAGCUACGCUAAUGCUGCCGUCACGGCUCCGGCCCAAAGUACAAACUCUGCCCCGCCGGCUAUCCGCCCAAGAGGUCUCGUCAACACAGGCAACAUGUGCUUCGCCAACUCCGUCCUUCAAGUCCUGAUUUAUUGCCAACCCUUCCAUAAACUAUUUGUUGAUCUCGGCAAAACACUAGGCGAGGGUGGCGGCGCAGAAAUACUGUCAGCAGAGUCCACCGGCGAGGGAGAAAAGGCAACCCCUCUCGUAGAUGCCACCAUCAAAUUCUUGAAGGAGUUCCAAGCGGCCAAGGCUAUUGAAACCGAGACUGGCAAGCGAGGCGGAAAGGGCAAAGAGAGGGAAGUCAACGAUGACGACUGGGACGGCGAUUCUUUCAUUCCAACCUAUGUAUACGAUGCUCUGAAGGAGAAGAAGCGGUUUGAUCAUAUGCGGGGUGGUCAACAAGAGGACGCCGAAGAAUUCCUCGGGUUUUAUCUUGAAACAUUGGAGGAGGAGCUAUCGUUGAUUCUGAACGCUGUGUCUCCGGCUUCAGCAUCUCGACCCAAAGCCAAAGUAGAAGAGCGGGAAGAGGAGGCUCUCCCCGAAGACGAUGGCUGGCUCGAAGUUGGGAAGAAAAACAGAUCGGUUAUAACGAGAACGGUCAACACAAUUGAAUCUGCAAUCACCCGGAUAUUUGGUGGAAAAUUCCGCUAUACUUUACGAGCCCCAGGCCAGAAGGAUUCUGUCAUCGUAGAGGCCUGGAGAUCCCUGCGCUUAGAUAUACAGCCCGAGCAAAUACAUACCAUACAAGAUGCCCUCAGUCAUAUUUCUCAACCUCAGUCAGUGCAAAUGACGCUCCCCACUAAGCCUGGCGUAUCCGUGGACGCGAGCCAGCUUGUCCUCAUCGAGUCUCUUCCCCCGGUACUCAUUCUUCACAUGAAGAGAUUCUGCUAUGAUACGAAGGUCGGAGGCGUGGUCAAAGUCGGCAAACAUGUCGCGUUUGCACCAGAAUUAGAUAUCAAGUCAGACGUGAUGGUAACAAAGAGACCUCUCGUGACGAAGUAUAAACUCUUCGGCAUUGUCUAUCACCACGGCACAUCAGCAUCAGGAGGACAUUACACUCUUGACGUCCUCCAUCCCAAUAGAUACCCAACCUCAAUACCAGGAAGUAAACCACGCGAAGGCUGGAUGCGCAUCGACGAUGAACUCGUAUCCGACGUGCGCCCCGACGACGUCUUCUCACCUCCCGCUGACGAUACUCGAUGCGCGUACUUGCUCUUCUAUCGGAGGAUCGGGAAAUGA